GUGCAUUGUUAUGUUACCUAAGAAACUAAUUGUUACAUCAUCUGUUUACUCGACGAUGUUGUGUUAAAUUACUGCCGUCAACAAUCCGCUUUCGUUAUUGCGGAAGGAGCUGAUCUGUGAAUCACCUGUAGAAGUGUGUCGUAGACUAGAUAAUUUUGUGCUGAAACAUCCUGAAACUCGGAAAGAACAUAAGGAAGAAACUUUGUAAGGACAUCAACCUAUCAUUGAUCUUCGUCAUGCAGCUUAAGUUAGAGAACCAAUGUACCAACAAAACAAAGCUGGAAUUGAUGCUAUAAAAGAUUAAGAUUUGACCAAAAAACAUAGAGGUUCAGGAUAGUGUAUUUAGUGAUAUCUAGUGAUACAUUUUUAGUUUAAUUUCUUUAGCUUGAGGUGUAAUACCCAAUAGGUGAAAGGAGUGACUUACAGGUGACUGAGUAUUUAUUGUACUUCUAACAUGGAUAAGUUAACUGUUGAAGAGAAUAAGGAAAUUGUUACAGGGAAGUUGCUGCGACACGAAAUUGAACGCCAGCAAGAACUGGAACGAAAACAAGAAAAGAAAGAACAAACUUCAUCAAGUAUUGAACAAAUUAGCUACUAUGCUGACACAUUUACAGAGAACAGGCAUGACAUAGAAAGUGCUCUGAAUGCAGCUGAUUUGGGAGAAGUUGAUAAAAAUCAACUCCCUUCCCAUUUUGACAAGAUCAGCAAAGAUAUUCAGAGUCUUCAGCGAUUCGUUUCUGCUUCAGCAUUCUAUCUGCGAGGGUAUGACAUUCGUAAAGCACAGGAAGCUGUUCAGAGUUUGCAGCAGAAGUGUCAGGAACUUGAAGAACGACUGCUAUCAAAAAAGAAAUUUGGUUUUAAGCUAAAGAAUGUUGGUAAUAAUAUUAGAAAGGAAUCAUCUCUUAAAAAAAUUGAAGACACUGUUGAUUCAACAUCCCUUGCCAAGUUACAAUUGAACAAGAUUGUAUGUGGGCAUGCUGGAAAUAUCUGUGGUUUUUCUGAUAGAACGGGAGAGACUUUGUCACUCUCGCAUGAAGUAAUAUGCAAGAAAGAUGUAUUACUAACAAAUUUAGGAAGCUGCACUAUCAGACUGACUGGCUCUCCUAGCACUCUUCACAUUACGUCACUUCACAAUUGCACAGUUAUGUCUGGACCAAUUGCAACAUCAGUGUUUGUUGAUGAUUGUAAAGAUUGCAUUUUUAUUGUUGCUUGUCAGCAGAUGCGCAUCCACAACACAAAAGACUGUGACUUCUACUUACAUGUCACUAGUAGAGCUAUUAUUGAAGAUUCAACUCAAGUGAGAUUUGCUCCUUACAAUUGGAAGUAUGAGAAUAUGGAGAACCAUUUUAAAAUAGCUGGCUUAAAUAUAAAUAUAAAUAACUGGAAUUUGGUAAAUGAUUUUAACUGGUUGGCAAGUGAUGAACCUUCGCCCAACUGGUGUAUAUUGAAAGAUGUUGAAAAGAAAUGUGAUUGGGUAUGAUUAGUGGGAAGAUAAAUAUGUAAUAUGAAAUGCAAUGAUGUAAUUAUGCGAUGAUAGGACAUAAAUGUUUUACUGGCUUCUCAGAUAUGUUUCUGGAAAACAACAGAAAAUGUAAGAUUUGAGGUUUUCACAGCUGUGAGUAUGAAGACAGAAAUCUUCAACAAAAGAAAAUGUUUCCUCAUUAAAAUGCUUCUGCAGAUUUAACAUUUUUAAUUUUUCGUGCUUGUUAACCUUAUUUCUGUUUGAAUGUAAUAAAUCACUUAAAUAUAGCCAUUUGUCUAUGUUCAA